UGGACUCUUGUUGGAGGACUUGACGACUCCAGCUCGACUUGGGUGGGGGCUCCCUCUCUUAGUUGAGUAAUCUUCACACUUUUUCCCCAACUGCUUCCUCUCUCUCACGGAUCUCUCUCCGUCUGCGUAAAGACAAAGAUUCAUCCUUUAAGCUCCACACCCCACUCAGAUCUACACCAAAAUGUACCUUUUCUAGGUUUUCACAGUAACCCAAAACCCCCCAAUUUUUUUCCCCAGGUGUUGUAGCGGACAUUGUAUUUAGAUCUGUCUCUUUGUCUCCGAAUUCGUAAAUGGAGAACAACAAUCUUGGUCUUCGUUUUCGUAAGAUACCUCGUCAACCUGUUGCUCUCCCUAAGCUCGAUCCUUUGCUUGAUGAGAAUCUGGAACAAUGGCCGCAUUUGAACCAAUUAGUUCAAUGCUACGGCACUGAAUGGGUUAAAGAUGUUAAUAAAUAUGGACACUAUGAAAACACUCGACCUGAUUCUUUCCAGAGUCAGAUUUUUGAAGGACCUGACACUGAUACUGAAACUGAAAUUCGUCUUGCUAGUGCUAGGAGUGCAACUAUUGAGGAGGAUGUAGCUAGCAUUUCUGGGAGGCCGUUUUCUGAUUCUGGAUCUUCCAAGCACUUUGGGCAACCUCCCCUCCCUGCUUAUGAACCUGCUUUUGACUGGGAAAAUGAAAGAGCUAUGAUCUUUGGCCAGAGAACUCCUGAAUCACCUGCACCUAGCUAUUCCAGUGGAUUGAAGAUCUCGGUCAGAGUUUUGUCUCUAGCUUUUCAGUCUGGCUUAGUUGAACCUUUUUUUGGCUCGAUUGCAUUGUACAAUCAAGAGAGGAAGGAGAAGCUCUCUGAGGAUUUUUAUUUCCAUAUUUUGCCGACGGAAAUGCAGGAUGCUAGACUUUCUUCUGAAAAUCGUGGAGUAUUUUAUCUAGAUGCCCCAUCAGCUUCAGUUUGCCUGCUUAUUCAAUUAGAAAAAACAGCAACAGAGGAGGGAGGCGUUACAACAUCUGUCUAUUCCCGUAAAGAGCCUGUGCACUUAACUGAGAGGGAAAAGCAAAAGUUGCAGGUCUGGUCUCGCAUUAUGCCUUACCGAGAGUCUUUUGCUUGGGCAGUUGUUCCACUUUUUGAUAAUAAUAUCACCACAAACACUGGUGAAUCUGCUUCCCCUAGCAGUCCUCUUGCUCCCAGUAUGACUGCGUCAAGUUCUCAUGAUGGUGUUUUUGAAUCCAUUGCAAAGAUCACAUCAGAUGGAAAGCAAGGUCAUUCAGGUGGAAGUUCUGUCGUAGUUGAAAUAUCUAAUUUAAACAAAGUUAAAGAGAGCUACUCCGAAGAGUCAAUUCAGGACCCCAAACGGAAGGUUCACAAACCUGUUAAAGGGGUUCUAAGACUGGAAAUUGAGAAACAUCGGAAUGGACAUGGAGACUUUGAAGAUCUAUCUGAAAAUGGAAGUAUCAUUAAUGACUCCCUUGAUCCGACUGACCGCCUCAGUGACCUGACACUUGUGAAGUGUCCCAGUUCUGGUUCUGGUGGACCUCGUAGUGGCUGCUCGAAGUGGAAUUCAGAGGACGCAAAGGAUGUUUCGAGAAACCUAACUAGUUCAAGUGGGACCCCUGACUUAAAUUGUUAUCAUGCUUUUGAUUUCUGCUCUACGACAAGAAACGAGCCUUUUCAACAUCUCUUCCAUUGCCUUUAUGUGUAUCCUGUAGCUGUUACUUUAAGUCGGAAGAGGAAUCCCUUUAUUCGUGUAGAAUUGAGAAAGGAUGACACAGAUGUCCGAAAACAACCACUCGAGGCAAUUUAUCCAAGAGAACCUGGUGUUUCACUUCAGAAGUGGGUUCAUACACAGGUUGCUGUUGGUGCUAGGGCUGCUAGCUACCAUGAUGAAAUUAAGGUGUCUCUUCCUGCCACAUGGACGCCAUCACAUCAUCUGUUGUUCACUUUUUUUCAUGUUGAUCUCCAGACAAAGCUAGAAGCUCCAAGACCAGUAGUUGUUGGAUAUGCAUCACUUCCAUUAUCUACCUAUAUUCACUCACGGUCUGAUAUUUCUCUACCAGUAAUGAGAGAACUGGUUCCCCACUAUCUUCAGGAAACCACCAAGGAGAGGUUGGAUUAUUUGGAAGAUGGCAAGAAUAUUUUUAAGUUGCGACUGAGACUUUGUUCAUCUCUUUAUCCAACCAAUGAACGUGUCAGGGAUUUCUGUCUAGAGUAUGAUAGACAUACCCUCCGGACAAACCCUCCCUGGGGUUCAGAACUGUUGCAGGCAAUAAACAGUUUGAAGCACGUUGAUUCUACUGCCUUGCUUCAGUUUCUUUACCCAAUUCUUAACAUGCUCCUUCAUCUUAUUGGCAAUGGUGGAGAAACUCUUCAGGUUGCAGCAUUCAGAGCCAUGGUGGAUAUUUUAACUCGGGUGCAGCAGGUGUCGUUUGAUGAUGCUGACCGAAAUCGUUUUCUGGUCACCUAUGUUGAUUAUUCUUUUGAUGAUUUUGGAGGCAAUCAACCUCCAGUUUAUCCUGGAUUAGCAACUGUAUGGGGAAGUUUAGCUAGAAGCAAGGCUAAAGGUUACCGGGUUGGACCUGUAUAUGACGACGUUUUAUCAAUGGCGUGGUUUUUCCUUGAGUUGAUUGUUAAAUCAAUGGCAUUGGAGCAGGCACGUCUCUAUGAUCACAAUCUACCUUCAGGCGAGGAUGUUCCACCCAUGCAGCUCAAAGAAAGUGUAUUCCGAUGUAUCAUGCAAUUGUUUGAUUGCCUUUUAACUGAAGUACAUGAACGUUGUAAAAAGGGCUUAAGCUUGGCAAAACGUCUGAACAGCAGUUUGGCCUUCUUCUGUUAUGAUCUUUUAUAUAUCAUUGAGCCCUGCCAAGUCUAUGAACUGGUAUCAUUAUACAUGGACAAGUUUUCUGGUGUUUGUCAAUCCGUUCUACACGAAUGCAAGCUCACGUUUUUGCAAAUUAUCUCCGACCAUGAUCUUUUUGUAGAAAUGCCUGGCAGAGACCCAUCAGACAGGAAUUAUUUAUCAUCCAUAUUAAUACAAGAGUUAUUUCUCUCCCUGGAUCAUGAUGAGCUGCCUCUGCGGGCGAAGGGAGCAAGAAUUUUAGUGAUCCUCUUGUGCAAGCAUGAAUUUGAUGCGCGGUACCAGAAAGCCGAAGAUAAGCUGUAUAUUGCACAACUAUAUUUUCCUUUCGUCGGGCAGAUUUUAGAUGAAAUGCCUGUUUUUUAUAACCUAAAUGCUACUGAAAAGCGUGAGGUUUUAAUUGGUGUGCUGCAAAUUGUUCGUAAUCUGGAUGACACAUCACUUGUCAAGGCAUGGCAGCAGAGCAUCGCUCGUACUAGAUUGUAUUUCAAACUCAUGGAAGAAUGCCUUAUACUUUUCGAGCACAAGAAGGCUGACAGCAUCCUCGGAGGCAACAAUUCUCGUGGGCCUAUUAGUGAAGGAGCUGGAUCACCAAAGUACUCCGAGCGACUUUCUCCUGCUAUCAACAAUUAUCUGUCAGAGUCGCGGAUUGGAGCUUCAGCCCAGGCACUAAGAGAAUCGUUGCACCCUAUUUUGAGGCAAAAACUGGAACUUUGGGAAGAGAAUGUAAGUGCCACAGUUAGCCUCCAGGUUUUGGAGAUCACUGAGAAAUUUUCAUCAAUGGCAGCCUCUCACAAUAUUGCGACGGACUAUGGCAAAUUGGACUGCGUUACUACAAUACUGACGAGUUUCUUCUCUCGAAACCAGUCACUAGCUUUCUGGAAAGCCUUCUUUCCAAUUUUCAACAGAAUCUUUGAUCUUCAUGGGGCAACACUAAUGGCCAGGGAAAAUGAUCGCUUCUUAAAACAGAUAGCCUUCCAUCUUCUCCGGCUUGCUGUUUACCGCAAUGACAGUGUCAGGAAAAGGGCUGUUAUUGGUCUUCAAAUAUUAGUUAAGAGCUCGCUAUACUUUAUGCAGACUGCUAGGCUGAGGGCUUUGCUGACAAUUACACUGUCAGAACUGAUGUCGGAUGUUCAAGUGACUCAUAUGAAACCAGAUAAUACAUUAGAAGAGAGUGGAGAGGCACGGCGGCUUCAACAGUCAUUAAGCGAAAUGGCUGAUGAAGCUAAGAGUGUCAAUUUGUUGAGGGAGUGUGGUCUUCCUGAUGAUACACUGUUGAUAAUUCCCGAGAAAUUUACUGAGAACCGCUGGUCAUGGGAUGAAGUGAAACAUCUUUCUGACAGCCUUGUUCUUGCUCUUGAUGCCAGCCUCGGGCAUGCCCUUUUGGGAUCUGUGAUGGCUAUGGAUCGAUAUGCUGCGGCUGAGAGCUUCUACAAACUUGGAAUGGCAUUUGCUCCUGUUCCUGAUCUUCACAUAAUGUGGUUGCUGCAUCUAUGUGAUGCCCACCAGGAAAUGCAGUCUUGGGCUGAAGCUGCACAGUGUGCUGUGGCGGUUGCAGGUGUUAUAAUGCAGGCCUUGGUGGCUAGAAAUGAUGGUGUGUGGAGCAAGGAUCAUGUGUCUUCCUUGCGUAAGAUUUGCCCGAUGGUAAGUGGCGAGUUUACAACAGAGGCAUCUGCAGCUGAAGUCGAGGGUUAUGGUGCUUCAAAGCUAACAGUUGACUCCGCCGUCAAGUAUCUACAGCUUGCUAAUAAGCUUUUCUCUCAAGCUGAGCUCUACCAUUUUUGUGCCAGCAUUUUGGAACUUGUUAUUCCAGUUUACAAGAGCAGGAAGGCUUAUGGGCAGUUGGCUAAGUGUCACACUUUACUUACCAAUAUAUACGAGUCUAUUCUUGACCAAGAAUCAAACCCAAUCCCAUUUAUCGAUGCUACAUAUUACCGGGUGGGAUUUUACGGGGAAAAGUUUGGGAAGUUGGACAGGAAAGAAUAUGUAUAUCGAGAACCACGAGAUGUUCGGCUAGGGGAUAUAAUGGAAAAGCUGAGCCAUAUUUAUGAAUCAAGAAUGGACAGCAACCAUAUUCUGCACAUUAUACCAGAUUCGAGACAAGUGAAGGCAGAAGAAUUGCAGGCAGGAGCGUGCUACCUGCAAAUUACGGCUGUUGAUGCAGUGAUGGAAGAUGAGGAUCUUGGGAGCAGAAGAGAGAGGAUAUUUUCUCUCUCGACUGGAAGUGUUCGAGCACGAGUGUUUGAUCGUUUCUUGUUUGACACACCAUUUACAAAAAAUGGUAAGACACAAGGUGGAUUAGAAGAUCAAUGGAAGAGAAGAACAGUGCUGCAGACGGAGGGUUCAUUCCCUGCCCUUGUGAAUAGGCUGUUGGUUACCAAGUCUGAAUCCCUUGAAUUCUCGCCAGUGGAGAAUGCGAUCGGAAUGAUUGAAACGCGGACCACUGCUCUGAGAAAUGAGCUAGAGGAGCCUCGUAGCUCAGAUGGGGAUCACCUACCACGGCUUCAAAGUCUGCAGAGGAUUCUCCAAGGAAGUGUUGCAGUGCAGGUGAACAGUGGGGUAUUGAGCGUGUGCACAGCUUUCUUAUCGGGAGAGCCUGCAACUAGAUUGCGUUCGCAGGAACUGCAGCAACUGAUAGCGGCACUGCUUGAAUUCAUGGCAGUAUGUAAGCGAGCCAUUAGGGUUCACUUUAGGUUAAUUGGGGAAGAAGAUCAGGAAUUCCAUACGCAGCUUGUCAAUGGAUUUCAGUCUCUCACUGCAGAACUCUCACAUUACAUUCCUGCUAUCUUGUCCGAACUUUAGAAUCAUUCUCAGUUUUUUUGCUAUGAGUUUUGUGCUUUUUCUUCCACUAACUGGCUUGGCUAUAUGUUUGUAAUUUCUUUGUUAUUUUCGCUUAUCUGUUAUAUGGGUCUUAUUGCUAGGAAUCCUGAUUACUUAUCCAUCGAUUAAAAUU